AUGAAGUCUCUCAGCUUUCCGGUCGAUUUCCCAGAUGUGCAAAUGAAGCUGCACCUCUUCUUUCAAUCUAUGCUCGCAUCGCCAGCAGUCCACAGCACCAAGCCAUUAAGCACCGCAGAUGGCGUCGCUGUUCUUCUAUUCCCUUUCUCUGCUUUCGGGUACCUCACACAUGGUCGUAUCUGGGACAGACCUGACCCGAAUCAUGGCGUCUGGUUCGAGCGACCACAGUUAGCGAUUGGUGCAUCGAGCGGCAGAGUCGCUGCCACACGAGAUAUCUCCCAGAAGCUGGCUGAGGGCGAAUAUCACUGCGUUGUAUUCUGGGGCUCUCAGUCUGGUACUUCGGAGCGAUUUGCCGAGACAAUUGGCCGCGAAUGUCUGUCACAUUUCGGCAUCAACGCUCUUGUAGCGGAUCUCUCAGACUACGACGCCGAGAGCAUUUCCAAGAUUCAAUCAUCACACUUCGCGAUCUUUGUCCUUAGCACAUAUGGCGAGGGCGAUCCCAGCGACAACACAGCUGGACUAUGGGACUGGAUCAAGCAAGUGAAGGAUAAGAAGACCAUAGUUCAGAACUUGCAGUAUCUUGCCUUUGGUCUCGGCAACAGUAACUACAAAUACUACAACCGUGUGCUUGAUGUUGUCGUCGACGCACUCGACAGCGCCGGCGCCAGUGCCUUAAUGGCAAGACAGAAGGCGGAUGAUGCCAACGGUGGCACCGAGGAAGAUUUCCAGGCAUGGAAGGACGAUGUUUUUGCUGUGUUUUACCAGCUUGGUUACGAGCAGAAGAUAGUAGAGUAUCAACCGACCAUCAAGCUUACUUUCAGCGGCGAGACGAACAACGACAAGGCGGCGAACCUUGCGACAUCUUCAAACCACCAGCAGACCUCGACGCAGUCUGCCAUCGUACCGUUGACCAUCAAGAGCGCCCACGAGCUGUUCGCUGCUGGAGAUCGAAACUGCAUACAUAUGGAACUCGAUCUUGGAAGUCAGGAUAUUGUGUACAAGACGGAAGAUCACAUCGGCAUCUGA